UUACAUAAAGGUACUCCAGCAUAAAGAGAAACCGCUGAAGAUUUUGUCAUUUCUCCCUCCCCUUAAUCCUGACCAAGAAAUGGAGAAAUUAUCAAGAUGUUUUAGUCCUCCAAAUGCAGCGAAAGGAAUGAAAGUCUUGGAUAGAGAGGCUUUGAGAACUACAAUCACCCUUCCAGCUCUUCGAAUCGAGGCCAAAAAGUGAUCACUUUUUUUGAAACGUCUGAACAAAUGCCUUUUGAACCAACCUCGUAUAAAAAACAUUGUCCCAGAUGUGGGUGAAACAAGUAGGAAGAUUCUCCUUCUACAUCCAAUGAACUCGAUGAAAACUUUGGAAGAAAAGGAUCGAGAAUUUGCCCAGAGUCAGGGAGCUGAAGAAACGACUUACGAUUUGGUACUUGGCUACGAACAUUGGACAUCAGAGCAAGUUUUAAGAGCCAUAUUACCGGAUGAAAUGAAUGAAAUACCUUCAUCCUUCGAGACAAUUGGUCACAUAGCACACGUGAAUUUACGAGAUUCCCAGUUAGAGUUCAAAUCACUGAUCGGGCAAGUGAUAUUGGACAAGAACUCCCCUCAGAUAAAAACUGUUGUGAACAAAACAAACACCAUCCAUGACACUUUUCGUUUCUUUAAGAUGGAAGUGUUAGCUGGAGAGAGCAACUUAUAUACCUCUGUGAAACAAGAUGGCUGUGUUUUUGAGUUUGACUUCUCUAAGGUUUAUUGGAAUUCUCGUCUUCAAACAGAACACAGGCGACUUGUUGAAUCUUUUGAUUCUGAUGAUGUAGUUUGUGAUGUGUUUGCAGGAGUUGGUCCAUUUGCUAUUCCAGCGGCAAAGAAAGGAUGCACUAUUUAUGCCAAUGACUUGAAUCCUGCAUCCUAUGAUGCUUUAUUGAAAAAUGCAAAAAUCAAUCAUGUCAAGGAUAAUUUUCAUGCUUUUAAUUUGGAUGGGAGGGACUUUGUGAGAAAAAUGGUCCAGCUGUCUUCAUUAUCAUCAUCAUUGUUAGCAUUGUCGACCACUAAUCAAAGUGUUCAAGGAAAUUACAGCAGACCCUUUACACAUGUUGUUAUGAAUCUACCUGCUAGUGCAGUGGAAUUUCUGGAUGUUUUUCAUGGUCUUUACACUCCACACAAACAAUUAUUACAGCUUCCUAUGAUUCACUGCUAUUGCUUCUCCAAGUCCCAGUUUCCAGGGGAUGAUGCCAAGCGGCAAGUGGAAAAGAAUUUGGGAUGUAGUCUAAACAGUGAGUGCAGUGUUCACUGUGUGCGGGAUGUUGCACCAAAAAAGGUUAUGGUUUGUGUGUCAUUCAAGUUACCAGAGUCUGUUGCAUUUGCUGAUGUUGAAAGAAUAGUUGGUGAAUUGAAACGAGAAAGAGAGGAUUAUAAUGAUGAAGUUCCAAGAACAAAAGAAGCUAAGAUAGACAGCAAGGGCUGUGAAGACCAUAAAGAAUUGACAGUAAUUGAAGAGAACAAGUGAAAUGGCAUAUAUUAUAUUUUCUCAUGUAGUGUGUCUCAUUAAAGAAUAAAGUCUGUUUAUGAGCAAAGUGGCCCAACUGGCCACCGCUUAA